AUACGAGCAGAUAUGACAUCGGAAAGCAUCGAAAUUGACUUGGGGACGACUGCGUGUUGUGUAGCUGUAUACAGGGCAGAUGGAAGAGUGGAGGUCAUUCCAAAUGGUCAGGGCAACUUCAUUACCCCCUCGUACGUGGCCUUCAGUGACAACCAGAGACUCAUCGGCGAGGAAGCCAAAGCCCAGCUGGAGAGGAACAUUGAAAACACUCUCUAUGACUCAAAACGAAUGAUCGGAAGAGCGUACGAUGAUGAACGACUUCAAGCUGUUCGUUCAUCUUGGAAGUUCAACACUGUGCAAAAAAACGGUCAGCUAUGCUAUGAUGUGUUGUGCUACGGCAAAAAGGAGGUGUUGACCCCAGUACAAGUCUCCGGAAUGAUUCUCUCCAGACUCAAAAAGGAAGCAGAAAAAUUCUUAGAAACUUCCAUUUCGGAAGCAGUCAUAACUGUUCCUGCUUACUUCAACAACACUCAGAGAGAAGCUACAGCCCUGGCGGCACAAACUGCAGACUUGAAGGUCCUUCGAAUUGUCAAUGAGCCUACAGCUGCGGUUUUAGCUCAUUGCGACGGUCAAAAAUUUGCGACGGGAGAUAAAAAGAUUCUGGUGUACGAUCUUGGAGGGGGGACUUUUGACAUAACCAUAGCAGAAUGCCAGGAUGAAAUUAUAGACGUCCUAGCUACGUCUGGUGAUUCAUUUCUGGGUGGCAGGGACUUCGAUCAAAACAUGGCUGAAUAUUUCGUUAGACAUGUAGAAAAACAAUGUGGAAAGGGCAUAAAGGAUAACAAAAGGGCCUUUAUUCGACUUCUGCAGGCUUGCAACAUAUCCAAACAUCAACUUUCUUCUGUGACAUCAACUACAGUUGUAGUUGACAACCUUUUGAAUGGAAAAGACUUCACGUCUAACAUCAGUCGAGCCCGAUUUGAAGGUCUAAAUGAGCACCUGUUCAAAAAGACUCUGGACAGCAUCCAAAUUGCCCUAAUUGAUGCCAAACUGCAAAAGGAAGACAUCAACGCCGUGUUGAUGGUAGGUGGAUCCAGUAGAAUUUUCAAAAUCCGGCAAAUGAUCCAGGAGUUUUUCCCGGGCACGCCGUUAGUCAAUUCGGGAAAUCCAGAGGAAACUGUUGCUCGUGGGGCUGCAAUUUUAGCCAGUCUCAUAAAGGCGCCGUCUGCUCAAUUGAUGCAAGUUGUACUAAUUGAUGUGUGCCCUCUCUCACUCGGAGUUCAAUCCAAAGACGAUGUAAUGUCGUUCAUCAUAAAAAGAAACCGCUCUAUUCCGUGCCAAGCGACUAAGGCUUUUCAAACUACUAAAGACAGUCAGCAGUCCAUAAAGUUUUCAAUUUUUGAAGGAGAACGAUCAAUUGCUUCACAAAACAAUAUAUUAGGCUCUUUUAUACUUGAAGGCAUCAAACGCGGUUUUAAAGGACAGUACAAAUAUGAUGUAACCUUCAACGUAGACAUUAAUGGAAUUUUGAACGCGAAAGCUGAAGAGAGGGCGACAGGAAAAUGCGAGGGGGUUACAAUUAGGCGUGAAAAACAUGAACCCGACGAAGUGGAAGCACUUCUUGAAGACGAACAACGAUUUGCAAAUCAGGACCGAAUUGAGAUGCGCCGAGUUCAAGCUAAACAAAAACUGGAACAAUAUCUCUAUCAGGUUUGA